AUGUCAAGCAGGUCCGAAGUCAGCUAUGCCUCGCGAUGGAAAUUUACAGGCACGCGAUUCGCAGCGUCGUCCAACGACUUAUCCGACGACCUGUUUACGCGAAGCAGUCGGUAUCGACAGCUUGUUUGGCAUUUGGAAGAAAACGAACUAGAGCGACAGCCUGUGCACCCGCCCGUUGUCCAUACCGCACUCGUUUUUCACCACGACUCCAGCCCAUUCUACCUGGACCUGCAGAUCGAGGUUAAGAUGCGGCGAUGGCGCCACCGCAUCCAGCAACGUCUGAUCUGUCCCCCUCGAGGUCGGAGGGCCAUGACGAGAACCAAAAUCGAACCGGCCCCCAACAAGAAAGCAGAUCCGCAAUUUCCCCAGCUGGCCAGGAAUUUAAAUCAGGCCCUGAUCGAAGAGAACUUGCAUCCGGUGGUUGAGGUAUCCGAUCCCAGGCCAGCGACCUUGACCGAUGACUUUCGGGAUAGAGAUCUUGGCGCAGAGCUCGACUCUCGAUCUCUUCCCAGUGAAUCCUUACUUGCGCUUGCCCGGCAGCUGACUGGGCGAGAACCACCUAGUGUAUCUACCACGCCCAAAGGCAGUUUUGUGUUCCCGACGCAGGCAACGGAGAGUUCCAGCUCCACGCUGGUAGGGUCAGCCACACCGUCAAACGAACUAGACGAUCAGACAGAGACAAAGCCUGCUGUAUCUGACGCUGGUGAUUCCUUGUGCUCAGUCCCUGCUGGAGAAGUUGCUAAGGUCAACGCGAUCCAGGAGCAUGGACUGUAUAUCUUUUUUUCGGCCACACGCCAGACUUUGCAGCUCUUGGAAGCUACGAUAGCCUUGUUGAUCUUGGGUCUGAACAGACUACAUGCGGUUCUUGCUCAGGGAAAGAAGUGA